AUGGCUGACGUUGAGAUGGCAGAUGAGUCCAUCGUCGAGCUACACCCCUCGUGGGAUGUUGCUCUUAUCGUGGCUCAUAACAACACCCAGAAGAAAUUCCUCGUCUCCUCUCACAUUCUGAGAGUCGCAUCCAAGUCCUUCAACUCCCUACUUGCUUCCAAGUUCGAGGAACAUGCCAAGACCCAUUCCGGUUCGAAGCCUGACAUCACCUUGCACCAUGACAACCCCGACGCCAUGGAGAUAAUCCUUUCCAUUCUACACUACAAGCACCAAGACGAGUGGUACAACCUCAGUGCCAAGAUGAUUGCAGUCAUGGCCAUACACUUGGACAAGUACGACUGUUCUGCGUCCCUGAGACUGUGGGUGAAUCACUGGCUCGUUAACUUUGGACAGGUGGAGCAUGGGGACGUUGGUUACCUCUUGGCAGCGACUGCGUACCUCGGCGAGUCGGCAAAGUUUCAAAAGAUGACAAGAUCUGCUAUCUUGUAUCUCCCAAUGAACUUUGACUUCAAUGCUUGGUAUGAAGACGAUAUGGUGUCUGCCUUGCCGGACAACGUCAUUCGCAACAUCGUUCGCAAGACGAAGUCAGUCAAGCAACGUCUGUACGCUCUCUUGCAGGGAACCAUCAUCGAUCUUGGACGGAAUCAAUCGGAGAUAGGCCUGAUGGACACUUCCCGCUGCAGCAAGUGUCUCCGCACCUACAAGAGAACCCAGAACACCCGUUGCCCCAACUGCCCGCCUGCCAGUGGUCAACAGUCUGAAGUCUGUGACUUUCCGGUCGUCUGUUCUCCCGAGACAAGAGUAGCUGAGUGCACGCUCAUGUUCUUAAAGCAACAGCUGUACCCGAACGAAAAGGCAUGGCGUGAGAGUACCAUUGCCGACAUCGCUCGCCGUUUCAAUAAGAUCAGGGGAAUGAACACCCACCGGUGUGACCUUGACCAGAGGUGCCCCCUGAAGAAGCGGUUGGGCGAGCUAGACGACGCUGUGGUCGAGGUGAUUGAUGGCAUCCGGGGCUGGAAGCUGAAGCUUUCUACCACUGAUGAUGAUGCUGUCAAGUCUGACGGCGUGGACGAGCCCAGCAAGUCGUUGACUGGGUUAGUUGGUGAUUUUGGCUUUCAGGACACGGCGGUAAUUGGGCAACAAGAGCAUUUUGAUUUCAGAUCAUUUUUCCAGAUCAGUUUAAGGAGUACCGGUCAUAGAAUUUCACUCAGCAAGUCCUUUGGUAUCGAUAUUAUUCCACUGACCUUCUAUGCUGCUCGAAUUGUAUAUGGAACCCUUCCUGCCAUAUUCGGGUUGUCAAAUGAUUUUGCGUUUCAACGAACUACCUAUACUACCUUACCCAAUCUCAUUCAGGACUCAGGUGGUGGCUCCUUGGCCAAGGCGGGUCUGACCCCCGCUCAAAUACUAUGGUGCACCACGGCCUUUUCUGCCGCGUUAUUGCUUACACGUAUCCCUAUGGACGGCGAAAAUCACCCAUCUGAGAAGAUGGUCAACAGCGCACAAUCAACCGGGAUGGUAACCCAGACAAACUCCGGGCAGCAUCAGCAGCUCCACGGGGAAAAGCCUUUGGGGGGCGUUCGUCAGUUCUCGGACGUCCAAGUGCAGCACUUCACCGGGCAGUCCGAAACCAUUUUCCCCAAUGGAGACUUACACGUAGUUCUCCUCGACUCUCGGAACACAAUGCUCGCCGGCUUCCGCGUAUUUUCCCAGAUCUGCCGGGCUUCGGGACUAUUUGCAAAGUUGAUCGAUACACAGUUGAGCGAAAAGGAUGGCUGCAAGUUCAUCUUCGUCCGUCUCUUACCUGUACCUGGAUCAUGGAGACUCGACGGGCAAGCCCUCCGCUGCAUACUCUCGGUCUUGCACCACACCAAAAAAGAUGAGCACAUGAAACUCGACAUCGGCAUCUGGUACCCAAAAGCCCUCCAGAGCAUUAUCGAUGGCGAACAGCCAUCUGUUGUAGAGCUUGGAAUGCUUUUGAAGUCAGCGGAUAACUUUGAGGCCAAAGACGAACUCGUCAAGCUGAGGCAGUUUGCUAUGCACAAUCUUCCGAUGCAUUUCCGAGAAAUCUGGGCAAGAAUCCCGCCGCUCUUGACUCUAGCAAAUUGCAAAUCUCUCGAUGGACUCCAGUUUGAUGUCAACGAACGACUGGUACGAGCUUGCUCGCGUAUUUGGUCUUUCGAGGGCCUCCUGGACACCCAGAGCGAAGGAUACAUCACCGCCAGACGGCUCUGUCUCAGCUAUGGGCGGCGACACCCGUCCAACGCCAAAUUAUGCCACCUUUGUCUCAAUGCAACACUGUACGAUGAUGUCUGUACGAAAAAUUCUCGAGUCGGCGAGUACUUCAGGAUCCUCGCGCUCCAGACAUUGUGGCCCACCACUAUUUGGACCUCGGACGAUGCCACUCUCUCGACAAUUUCUCAGCGCGUCAACAAUUUGGCAAGCCGCAUCCCGCAUACAUGUAGCGGCGAGCAACACUUCGGUAAACCUGGGGAGCACGACAAUGUGACCAUGACCGAAAUCAGGAAAACCAGCAUGGUGGAAGGUGGCGGUGCUAUCGCGGAGGCGGUGGUCGAGGAUAAUGACAAGGACUAG